CUGACGCCACAGCCGAUAGACCCACCAGUCGCUUUGUGCAGUCGCAACGGAACAGACGCGGAACAUUUCGCUCCGGACAGCAUCGUACAACGAAAAUCAGGCAGGCAGUGGCAGUCAACGUCAUUGUGGAACCGCGGAAUGCAAAACAAUUAAAGAAAAAUACGAUCCCAGCCAGAUCCAGAUCAGGCUCAUCGGCAGUGCCGCAAUCUCCGGAGAGGGAGUUAAUUAGCCAGAGCCAAUAACCCAUUUGAGACCAUCGUUAUAUCCACCGGGCGGUUUGCCAGUGCAAACGAACUGCGGGCGUUUCGAUUUUUGGUUUCGCUCCGCUCUUGCGUGUGCUUUCUUAACUAUUAAUUGACCCCACCGGUCAAUGAGUUUGAAGUGUAUAGGCGAUAGUUCGCAGUGAUGACGAUGACGGAGACGACGACCCGCGAUGACGUUCCCAUUGAUGGGGAUGAGACCUUGGCGGAGGACCAGAAGAAGGGCAAGUCCAAGGAGAAGGCCCAGCCCAUGAUCAGCUAUUGGCAGCUCUUCCGAUACAUAGCCGGCUGGGAUUAUGUCCUGUUCCUGUCUGCCCUCGUGGCCGCACUGCUCCAGUCCUUGGUCUAUCCCAUCGCCGUUGUGGUCUACAGCGAACUGGUGGCCAUGUUCAUCGAUAGAACCCUGGGCCAGGGAACCAGUUCGGUGACCAUCGGAUUGUCCCUCUUUGGAGGCGGAAAGAUACUCACAAAUGCCACUUAUGAGGAAAACAUGCAGGAGCUGCGAAAGGACAGCGUGUCCUUCGGUAUUCUCAUGACCCUAAAUACUCUACUCAUGUUUUUCUCCGGAGUGUACUAUGUGGAUGCCUUCAAUAGGUUGGCACUAAAACUGACAAUCCGCAUGCGGAGAGAAUUCUUCAAGGCUACUUUGAGGCAGGAGAUCGGAUGGCAUGACAUGGCCAAGGACCAAAACUUUGCCGUCCGCAUUACUGACAACAUGGAAAAAAUACGCAACGGCAUAGCCGAAAAUCUGGGUCACUAUGUGGACAUUAUGUGCGAGGUCAUAAUCAGUGUGGUGUUAUCAUUUAUCUACGGUUGGAAACUGGCUUUGGCCAUAGUGUUUUAUAUACCCCUUACUUUAUUUGUAAACUCAGCUGUAGCCCAUUACCAAGGGAAACUCACGGGCCAGGAGCAGAGUUCCUAUGUGCGGGCCAGCUCGGUGGUGGAGGAGGUGAUCGGAGCCAUCCGGACUGUGGUGGCAUUUGGUGGGGAGCGAACGGAGUCCGUGCGUUACGAUACCCUCCUGAAACCCGCUCUCAGGGCAGGGAAAUGGAAAGGCGCCUUCUCCGGGCUAAGUGACACUGUGAUGAAGGCCAUGAUGUUCAUUACGGGAGCCGGAUCUUUUUGGUACGGAGCUAACUUGAUCCUCUUCUACCGGGAUCCAAGUAUUCCCAUUGACGAGAGGGAAUACACCCCAGCCGUAGUAAUGAUCGUGAUAUCGGGUAUAAUCGUGAGUGCCAAUCAAAUAUCGCGCACUUCUCCAUUUCUGGAGACCUUUGCGAUGGCUCGAGGAUCGGCAUCGGCAAUACUGGAGGUCAUCGAUCGUACUUCCCUGAUCGACCCGCUCUCCAAGGCGGGGAAAAUCCUCAACUACGGUCUGAAGGGAACCGUUGAGUUCCGGGACGUUUUCUUCCGCUAUCCUGCCAGAGAGGAUGUGAUUGUCCUGCGGGGUCUCAAUGUGGUAGUUGAAGAAGGCCAAACUGUGGCCUUGGUGGGUCCAUCGGGCUGUGGCAAGUCCACCUGCAUACAGCUGCUGCAGCGAUUUUACGAUCCUGUUUUCGGACAAGUUAUUUUGGAUGGCGAGGAUGUCCGCAGGUACAACCUAAACUGGCUGCGGUCGAACAUUGCCGUGGUGGGCCAGGAACCGGUGCUCUUUCAAGGAACAAUCGGGGAGAAUAUCCGUCAUGGAAAACCAGAGGCCACACAAAAGGAAGUCGAAGAUUCCGCCAAAGCGGCCAAUGCUCAUGACUUUAUCAUAGCCUUGCAUAAGGGUUAUGACACGGAUAUAAGCGAAAAGGGCGUUCAGCUUUCUGGAGGUCAGCGUCAGCGAAUAGCCAUCGCCAGGGCUCUGAUCCAGCAGCCUAAAAUUCUGCUGCUGGAUGAGGCCACCUCUGCCUUGGACUACCACGCCGAAAAGCUAGUCCAAGCCGCUUUGGACAAAGCCUGUAAGGGUAGAACCACCUUGGUGGUGUCCCAUCGACUAUCCGCCAUCAGACACGCACAUCGGAUUGUUUAUAUUGAAAAUGGCAAAGCCGUGGAGCAGGGCACCCACGAGGAACUGAUGAAGCUGGAGGGAUUCUACCAUAAAAUGGUCACCGUGCAUUCGUAUGACGAUUCCGCUGAAGAACUGCUCAACGAACUGGAAGCAGAGGCCGAGAACAAGGAGAGAAAGAUGUCCUACGAAGUGGAACAGUUCCAAUUGGGUCCGCGCACCUCCAUUGUGUCGCUGGAGAAGAAUGCCGACUUCCAGAUGAAAAACCUAAAUGGUCUGGCCAACCCCACAUUCAAUCAGGAAAUAGAGGAGCCGGGACAUCCAUCUGGAAACUAUAUCCGUACCUUUUUCCGCGUUUUGGGUUGGGCCCGACCCGAAUGGAGUUUCCUCAUUAUUGGCGCCAUUUGUGCUGGUCUCUAUGGAUUAACCAUGCCGGUGUUUUCGGUCAUCCUAGCGGAAUUAUACGGUUCAUUGGCCAAACCUACGGAUGAAGAGGUUCUCGAUCAGAGCGCCACCAUGGCCAUUAUUUCUCUGGUCAUUGGAGUUGCGGCAGGCGUGGUGUGCUUUAUCCAGACGUUUUUCUUUAAUUUGGCUGGAGUGUGGCUAACCAUGCGCAUGCGCUCAAAGACCUUCAGUUCCAUAAUGCACCAGGAAAUGGGUUGGUUCGAUCGCAAGGAGAACAGUAUCGGAGCUUUGUCGGCCCGCCUAUCUGGCGAUGCGGCCAGUGUCCAGGGCGCCAUUGGUUUUCCACUGAGCAACAUUAUUCAAGCUUUAACCAACUUCGUCUGCAGUGUGUCCAUUGCCUUUCCCUACUCCUGGGAAUUGGCCCUAAUCUGCCUGAGCACCUCGCCCCUAAUGAUAGCCGCCAUUGUGUUCGAAGCCCGUUUUGGGGAGAAGUCCGCUCUGAAGGAGAAGGUGGUGCUGGAGGAGACGAGUCGCAUUGCCACCGAAACCAUUGCGCAAAUUCGGACAGUGGCAGGACUUCGGCGGGAGGAGGACCUGAUAAAGGAAUUCGACAAGGAAUUGGAGCGAUAUCGUGUGCAGAUCCUCAGUAGACUAAAAUGGCGAGGACUGGUGAAUUCCCUGGGGAAAUCCCUCAUGUUCUUUGGCUAUGCAGUGACCUUGACUUAUGGAGGGCACAUGUGUGCCGAUGGCAAAAUCAAAUUUGAGACUAUUAUGAAGAUAUCCAACACGAUGCUUUAUGGCCUAUUCAUCCUGGCACAAUCUCUGGCCUUUACUCCGGCCUUCAAUGCGGCUCUCCUUUCUGCGAAUCGCAUGUACGAGAUCAUUGAUCGCAAGCCACAGAUUCAAUCACCCGAGUCCCUAGAGAUCCAGCAAAAUGGAAAUGGAUCUGCCUUCAAGACCAAUGUGGUCCAACAGGGUGUCAGCUUUCGAGGUCUUAACUUCUCCUACCCCUCAAGGCCGAACCUCAAGGUCCUGCAAAACUUCAAUCUGGAUAUAGUGCAAGGUCAGACGGUGGCCUUGGUCGGUGCCUCUGGAUCCGGAAAAUCAACUUGUAUUCAGCUACUGAUGCGAUACUACGAUCCCGGUGAGGGAAAGAUUCUCAUAGAUCAGGAGAGUGUUCACCACGAUAUGGACCUGAAAACUCUACGUCGUCGCCUGGGAAUCGUUUCACAGGAACCUUCGCUCUUUGAGAAGUCAAUUGCCGAUAAUAUUGGUUAUGGGGACACAACGCGCCAAGUGCCCAUGCAGCAGAUUAUUGAGGCCGCCAAGAUGGCCAAUGCCCAUGAGUUCAUAAUGUCCCUGCCUGCGCAAUACGACACGGUGUUGGGAUCCAAGGGAACACAACUUUCCGGCGGACAAAAGCAACGGAUUGCCAUUGCCCGGGCCAUGGUGAGGAAUCCCAAGAUUCUACUGCUAGAUGAAGCUACCUCUGCAUUGGAUUUCCAAAGUGAAAGGGUGGUCCAGCAAGCCUUAGACUCGGCGUGUUCUGGUCGCACGUGUAUUGUAAUAGCCCAUCGGCUUUCCACCAUCCAAAAUGCCAAUUUAAUUUGUGUAAUGCAAGCCGGAAGGAUAAUAGAGCAGGGAACGCAUGCUCAACUUCUGGCCAAAAAUGGCAUUUAUUCCAAGCUGUAUCGCAGUCAGACAAAAGCCUCUUGAAAAGACUUCAAUGGCAUCGAAGCACGGAAGUAUGCAGUAAAUAAUUCUUUGCUCUUAGUUAAGUCACAAACCAAACUGCUCUUUGCUUCAAUCAAUAGAACGUUAGGAAUAGUUGUUAAAUAAAUUUAAUAAACUAGCGAGCCCUAGGCGGA